GCUCGGGCUGGAUAAGGGCUCAGAGUUGCACUGAGUGUGGCUGAAGCAGCGAGGCGGGAGUGGAGGUGCGCGGACUCAGGGAGACGGACAGACACAGGCAGGCAGGCAAGACGGCAGCAGAGUCCGAGCUGCAAAUCUUAUUUUCUUUUCCAUUUUCUCACCAACUGCCCAGAGCUAGCGCCUGUGGCUCCCGGGCUGGUGUUUUGGGGAGCGUCCGGAGAGCCCCUUCUCCAGCCGCCCCCAGGAGGAGAGCCCCGCUUCCCCGGAGCUGGUGACAGCGCAGAGAGCGGCGACAGUCUGUCCGGGGAAGUCCAGAGAGCCGCUGCAGCGGCAAAGAACUUUCCUGACCAGGGGGACAGGGGACAAGUGGCCCGAGUCCCGGAGCGAACUUUUGCAAAGCUUUCCUGCGCCCGAAGCUGCCGCGGCGGCGAAGACAGGAAGGCGGCGGAGAGAGGAGACCAAGGAGGGACGUGCGCUCAGUUUCACUCGCACCGGUUGCUGAACUUGGGCGAGCGCGAGCCGCGGCUGCCCGGCGCCCCCUCCCCCUCGCAGCGGAGGAGGGGACAGUCGUCGGAGUCCGGGCGGCGGACACCCGCUGCCGGCCGGCCACCGCGGGAUCGACGCUGACUGCCGCCGCCGGCAGGGCCGCUGUCGCCGGGAAGCGUGUUCGUCUGCGGGCUCCCAGGGACGGCUGCGCCAAGAGCGCUCCGUGAGCGACCGCGACUUUUCAAAGCCGAGCAGCGCGCGCGAGCUGACAAGUUAAGAGUGCUGGCGGCAUCUGAACCCUGAGCGCCUGGGAGCGAGCCGGUGAGCAGGGCGCAGGGGGGAGGACAGCCGGCGGGUGCGCGCGCCCCUCGAGAAACUUUCCCUGCCCAGGGCCCCGGGAGGGGUGUCCUCCGCUCGCCAGCGCGCUGUUGCGGCCCCGAAACUUCUGCGCGCAGCCCAAACUAACCCCACGUGAAGUGACGGACUGUUCUAUGACUGCAAAGAUGGAAACGACCUUCUACGACGAUGCCCUCAACGCCUCGUUCCUCCAGUCUGAGAGCGGUGCCUACGGCUACAGUAACCCCAAGAUCCUGAAACAGAGCAUGACCCUGAACCUGGCCGACCCGGUGGGCAGCCUGAAGCCGCACCUCCGGGCCAAGAACUCGGACCUCCUCACCUCGCCCGACGUGGGGCUGCUCAAGCUGGCCUCGCCCGAGCUGGAGCGCCUGAUAAUCCAGUCCAGCAACGGGCACAUCACCACCACGCCGACCCCCACGCAGUUCCUGUGCCCCAAGAACGUGACAGACGAGCAGGAGGGCUUCGCCGAGGGUUUCGUGCGCGCCCUGGCCGAACUGCACAGCCAGAACACGCUGCCCAGCGUCACGUCGGCGGCGCAGCCGGUCAGCGGGGCGGGCAUGGUGGCUCCGGCGGUGGCUUCGGCGGCGGGCGGCAGCGGCAGCGGUGGCUUCAGCGCCAGCCUGCACAGCGAGCCGCCGGUCUACGCCAACCUCAGCAACUUCAACCCGGGCGCUCUGAGCAGCGGCGGUGGGGCGCCCUCCUACGGCGCGGCCGGCCUGGCCUUUCCCGCGCAGCCCCAGCAGCAACAGCAGCCCCCGCAGCCGCCGCACCACCUGCCCCAGCAGAUCCCCGUGCAGCACCCGCGGCUGCAGGCCCUGAAGGAGGAGCCGCAGACGGUGCCCGAGAUGCCCGGGGAAACGCCGCCCCUGUCCCCCAUCGACAUGGAGUCGCAGGAGAGGAUCAAGGCGGAGAGGAAGCGCAUGAGGAACCGCAUCGCUGCCUCCAAGUGCCGGAAAAGGAAGCUGGAGAGGAUCGCCCGGCUGGAGGAAAAAGUGAAAACCUUGAAAGCGCAGAACUCGGAGCUGGCGUCCACGGCCAAUAUGCUCAGGGAACAGGUGGCACAGCUUAAACAGAAAGUCAUGAACCACGUUAACAGUGGGUGCCAACUCAUGCUAACGCAGCAGUUGCAAACGUUUUGAGGAGAGGCUGUUGGGGGCUGAGGGGCAACAGAGAAAAAAAAAAAUUCACCCAGAGAGACAGACUUGAGAACUUGACAAGUUGAGAGAGAAAGAGAGAGAGAAAAGUGUCCAAGGACUAAAGCCAAGGGUAUCCAAGUUGGACUGGGCGGCGUCCUGACGGCGCCCCCAGUGUGCACGAGUGGGAAGGACUUGGCGCGCCCUCCCUUGGCGUGGGGCCAGGGAGCGGCUGCCUGCGGGCUGCCCCGCUUUGCGGAUGGGCUGUCCCCGCGCGAACAGAACAUUAGACUUUUCUUUAACAUUGACCAAGAACUGCAUGGACCUAACAUUCGAUCUCAUUCAGUAUUAAAGGGGGGAGGGGGAGGGGUUACAAACUGCAAUAGAGACUGUAGAUUGCUUCUGUAGUACUCCUUAAGAACACAAAGUAGGGGGGGAGGGGUUGGGGGAGGGGAGGCGGGAGGGAGUUUGUGAGCGCGAGGCUGAGCCUGCAGAUGAACUCUUUCUGGCCUGCCUUCCUUAACUGUGUAUGUACAUAUAUAUAUUUUUUAAUUUGAUGAAAGCUGAUUACUGUCAAUAAACAGCUUCAUGCCUUUGUAAGUUAUUUCAUGUUUGUUUGUUUGGGUGUCCUGCCCAGUGUUGUUUGUAAAUAAGAGAUUUGGAGCACUCUGAGUUUACCAUUUGUAAUAAAGUAUAUAAUUUUUUUAUGUUUUGUUCCUGAAAAUUCCAGAAAGGAUAUUUAAGAAAAUACAAUAAAAUAUUGAAAAAGUA